AUGAUAAAAUCAAUUAGUAAAAUAUUUUUCCAAGUCUAAUAAAGCUCGUAGAAGACAAAUAAUGCAUUUAAAUGCAACCUGAAAGGAUUUGUUCAACAGAAUUAUUUAGAUUAUAUUCAUCAAACUAUUGAUUUUGAUUCAACUUUAUAGAAUAUUUUCAAUGAUCAAAAAGGAUAAUUGGAGUUUAAGAAUUAUCUCAAAAAAGAGAUUUUCAAUAAUCCUGAUUAAUUACGAGUAAAUCUAGAAUGUAUAUAUUAAUAAUGGGAUACUUAAUCAAAAGUAUAAUUAAAAAGAGUAGAAGUUUUCAGAUUAAUUAUGUUAAUGUAUCUAGGCUUAUUAGAGCGAGAUUUCUCCUAAGGUGGAUUUUAUCUAAUUGAUAUGGUUCAUAUAAAAUUUUCUAAUAAUUAUCUUUCUGAAUAGAAAUUAAAAUGUAUUUAGCACUAUAUAAAAACUUUUUAUUUAAAUUAAAAUGCUAUUGGAGAUUAACAAAUAGUUUUUUCAAAGAACUCAGUUAAUAAGGAAGAAUUCAAGAAAAAAUUAUAAGAAAAUAGUAAUUAAACUAUUAAUUUUGAAUUUACUUAAUUGAAAAAUGAAGAUCACAACAAUUCUACUGUUGUAGAUUUUGCUGAUGAAAAUAUUGGAGGUCUUGUUCUUGAUACUUGGAAUUGUGCAUAAGAAGAAGUAAAAUUAAAUAAUAAAUUAAGAUUAUUAUGCUCAUAUUCCCUGAAGCAAUUGCUUGUAUGAUUUUCAUCCCAAAAAUGAAAGAAACAGAAGCAGUAUUAAUUGAAAAUUUGAAAAAAUAUAGCAAUUAUACUGGGUAUGAAUAAUCCUUUCAUAGUUUCCCUUCUAUGGAUCUAUAAGAGAGUUAUAAUGUGCUUGUAUAUCUCAUAUUAUUAAUAAAAGUCAAUUGAUGCUAAGCCAUUUUAUGGUGAAAACUAAUUUACAGAAGAAAAUAUCUAUCGAGAAUUAUUAAAGUGUUAUUCAGGGUUUGAAUUAUCCUUGAAAAAUUAACCUAAUUGUGAUAUUUCUACAGGAAGAUGGGGUUGUGGAAUUUUUGGAGGCAAUAUUUAUUUAAAAACAUUGAUUUAAUUUUUAAGCUAUGCUAUUGCAAUUAAAUAAGUUUAACAAUCAAAUUAAAAAAUUAUUAUUAAUUGUGUUAAUGAUUAAUAAUUAUAUAAAUUUGGAACAUAGUUAAAGGGAUUAUUAGAAUAAUAAGGAACUUAACUUAAUUUAAUUAAUUUAAAGGAAUCAAUAUUAUUUUUAUAAAAUAGAAAUAAUGAAAAGAUGUUAUAAAAUGAUAAUAAAAAUAUUAUUAAUUAAUUAUUUGCAAUUUUAACAAAAGAUAAUAAUGAAUCUAAUAAAGUUAAUAAAGAAUAAAUUCAAAAUGAUUUCAAAAUAAAAAAUAAUAGAGAAAAUUAAUAAUAAUAAUAGAAAAAUGUAAAUAAAAUAAUUAUUGGAUCAAAAAUUGUUCUAGCUUGUAGUAUCGCAGCCUAUGCUUAUAAAACGUUUUUUAAAUGA